AUGCAAUAGGCAACCAUGGAUUUUAGUACUUCAUCAGUGUUUGAUCAACAGAAAGGCGAUUCGGCAGAAGAAAUCGACCUGACUCUGGUAUAUCAAGCAGCAGCUAAUGGGGAUAUCAACACUUUGACGGCUGUCAUUCGUGAAGAUCCCUCAAUACUAGAAUGCUGUGACAGUGAUGGCUGUACUCCCUUGAUGCACGCCGUCUCAGGACGCCAGCUUGAUACAGUGAAGUUACUGCUGAAGAUGGGAGCCAAUAUCAACACCCAAGAUGCUUGUGGCCGCACGAGUUUAUCUCUGGCAACCUACCUGGGCUGGCUGGAAGGUUGCGUCAGCCUGCUGAGAAAUGGUGCCAAACAGAACAUCCCAGAUAAAAAUGGAAGGUUGCCACUACACGCUGCCACUGCUGAUCCCAAUGUCAGGCUUUUAUCUGUGCUGCUACAGCAGUCUGAUCUCAGCGAAAUCAACCACCAGGACAAUGAGGGGAUGGCGUCUCUUCACUGGGCUGCAUUCCACAAUCGACCCCAGCACACACAAAUCCUGCUGCAUAAAGGAGCUGAUCCAGUGUUGGUGGACAAAGAUUUUAAAACAGCUCUUCACUGGGCAGUCCAGAGCGGGAAUCGGAUCCUUUGCUCUAUCAUCCUGAGCCACCGCCAGGGUCCCUCGAUCAUAAACUACGACGAUGAGAAUGGGAAGACUUGCCUCCACAUUGCUGCCGCUGCAGGAUACAGCGACAUUAUCAGUGAGCUGGCUAGAGUCCCAGAAUGCAACCUGCAGGCCCUCGACGUGGAUGACAGGACACCUUUGCACUGGGCUGCAGCAGCAGGAAAAACUGACUGUGUAAAGGCCUUGUUACAACUGGGGGUGGAUUGCAGCCCAAGAGACAUCAAUGAGAACACCCCCCUGACGUAUGCUAUGUACUGCGGGCACACAGCAUGCAUCAAACUGCUGUCCCAAGAGAACAGACACCAGUCCCCAAAAAGCAGAAGUGAGCAUGAUUUGUCAGAUCAAAGGAGUAGCCGUCAAACCCUGGACAAUCCUUGGAAAGUUGACACUAACCAAAUACUCACAUGUAAAGUUUGGACGGCAACUUCUGAUAAUAAACUGAUAGGCGGAUUGUACCCAGAAAGAUCCAGUCAUGUGCUGUUGUGCCCUCCCCACCUGCCCCACCUGCCCAAUUCUCCAUCAGGGGAAAGCUUUCAACAAGCAAUUCCAGAACGACCCAAAGUCAAAGAACUAACACCCAUUCGGAACAACUUGGCUCCCAUACUAAACCACUGUGUUCAGAAAGCUCAGCUACCACCCAGCCAAGCUUCUCAGGGUGUCAAGGAGACAAAGUCAUUGUCUUUAAACUCCUUAAGGACUGGCGCCUCUGUUCUCCCGCCAGCACUUACCACCAAAUCCCCCAAUGCAGGACUCUCUCGGAGUAAUUUGCUGUACUCUUUCUUACCAGUGCUGUCAGCAGAGCCUCUCCGAGUCCUGCCUGCCAUUCCAAGCCAGAAGGAACCCAGCCUCGCAGAAGCACUUAACCAAUCGCACUGCAAAUCGAACAGUGACAAUUAGCUCAAGAAUCCAACUGGCAGAUAAAAACCAUUUGUACACAUUGCUUUCAAAUCCAUUGUCAAUCAGAGAGUUAGCAAACAGACUGUUUUAAAAAUCAAGCAGCACUUAUCGCAGCAAUCUAUUGGGGGCAUUUAUUUAACUUAAUAAUAUAUUGGGAAAGUGCUAGCAAAUGUGCUGUGGAAACAGAAGGGGGGACAAUGAAAACAGUUUUUCUUAACUUUGUCAUUUAGGCCUGGGAGCCAAGCAAGAGUGCCUGUUUCCAGUGUCCAGUCAAAUGUACUUAAUAUUUAGCACAUGUAGAUCUCUUUGAGGUCUGAUUUGCAUACGGUGCCACCUUCAAGAGGCCACUCAAAAGGAUCUACCUGUGCAGGACAGGUACUCCAAACAUCAGGCAUUACAUUCAACUGAGUUGUAGGACAUACCUACACAGCAUUUAUAUGCCAGUAUUCUGUGGCCCAGAUGGCAGCCAUGUUCAUGUGCAAAUGCUCCAAUCCUAUCAGUCACCACACGGGCUAAGAACCUUUUAAACAGGAUGUCUCUUAUAUAAAGCAUGAACCCAGGUAAGUGCCUUUCAGAACUAUCCCCACACAAUGGUCUUGUUCAUUCAUCAUGAUAGGCUACAGGUUGUCUUCAACCAUGGUUUAAUUAAGAACACCCCUGCCCUGCUAAUAUUCCCUCUUGGUAUUUUUCUGUUUUAUGGCUCAUGGUUUGUUUGAACCAAGAAAAUCAUCCAGGUUCAGAUGAUGAAAGCCAUACUAUGGCUUAUUUGGGUGCCGUGGGGGGGGGCAGAUAAGCAGGAGAGGAAUCAAGGGGAACAGUAUGGCAGGAAGCAAGCACAUUCAUGAUUAAAGAAUGGUUUAAGGCAAACAGGCUU